GGCUGCCCCCCCCCGGCCGGGCACCGACCCCCCUCCCGCGUCUCUCCUCCGCUCCCGCCCCCAGAAGUUCAGGGGCCCCCGCCCGGCCUCCCCGCCUCCGAGGAGCCUCCAGCUCGGACCCCGCGAAGAUGGCGAGGAGGAGCCGCCACCGCCUCCUCCUGCUGCUGCUGCGCUACCUGGUGGUCGCGCUGGGCUAUCAUAAGGCCUAUGGAUUCUCUGCCCCAAAAGGCCAUCAAGUGGUCACAGCAACAGAGUAUCAAGAGGUUAUUUUAGCCUGUAAAUACCCAAAGAAGACCAUCUCCUCCAGAUUAGAGUGGAAGAAACUGGGCCGGAGUGUCUCCUUUGUCUACUACCAACAGGCUCUUCAAGGUGAUUUUAAAGAUCGAGCCGAGAUGAUAGACUUCAGUAUACGGAUCAAAAAUGUUACAAGAAAUGAUGCUGGGAAAUACCGCUGUGAAGUUAGUGCCCCAUCUGAGCAAGGCCAAAACCUGGAAGAAGAUACAGUCACUCUAGAAGUGCUAGUGGCCCCAGCAGUUCCAGCAUGUGAAGUACCCAAUUCUGCUCUGAGUGGAACUGUGGUAGAGUUGCGAUGUCAAGACAAAGAAGGGAAUCCAGCUCCCGAGUACACCUGGUUUAAGGAUGGCGUUCCUUUGUCAGAGAAUCCAAAACUUGGCUCCCAAAGCACCAACAGCUCCUAUACAAUGAAUACAAAAUCGGGAACUCUGCAAUUUAACACUGUUUCAAAACUAGACAGUGGAGAAUAUUCCUGUGAAGCCCGUAAUUCUGUUGGACAUCGCAGGUGUCCUGGGAAGCGAAUGCAAGUAGAUGAUCUCAACAUCAGUGGCAUCAUAGCAGCUGUAGUAGUUGUGGCCUUAGUGAUUUCUGUUUGUGGCCUUGGCGUGUGCUACGCUCAGAGGAAGGGCUACUUUUCCAAAGAGACUUCGUUCCAGAAGAGUAGUUCUUCAUCUAAAGCCACCACAAUGAGUGAAAAUGAUUUCAAGCAUACAAAAUCCUUUAUAAUUUAAAAGAAUUCCACCUUUGAGAGACGCCAAAAACAGUUGUUACACAAGUUAUUAAAAGGUUAUAAAACUCUGCUUUGUCUUACAUUUGCAAAGAGGUACAUGAAGAGAUGAAGUUGGUAUUCGUGGUCAUUUCUAUGAUUGUUAAAUUACUUGAAAUUGCCAUUUUAAACAGAUAGUUCUGUCAGCACCUAAAUAAAAUAUAGUCUGGCUUUUUAUGUCUGGACUAAGUUAAAAGAA